AUGAGGGGGACAGGUGCUGUGCAGAACGCGAGACAUGGACGUCUUCAAUCGGUGCAUGGCGUGUUAUAUUACUCUCCGAACUGCAGCAGGGAGCUUGUCUUACAGGAGGACCCCUUCCUCUCCGCCAAUGUAAACCCGUUUCAACCGGCGAAACGUCGCACACUAGGUCAACCUACCUCCUCGUCGUCUAACGGCCCAGCGCAAGUGACCUCACAUGAGAAGUUCAGACAACGUUAUCCCACCUUUGAAGAAAUCUCAACCCCCCGGUUGUGGACGCUCCCGUUUGGAUGGAUGGCUUUCGUUCCAUUGCGGUAUUGGGACCAAGGAUACCCUUUCAAUCGCCUCAAGCGUAUCCCCCAUCCCCUAACCCUUGGAACUGAGGGGGACUUGACGUACUGUUUGCCCGAUUCCUUCCUCCACAGCUGGUCCAAGCUGGAGGCCGAGCUAUUCGGCGCUGUCACCAAACUCAAGUCAAAAUUCACGGCUCCCAUGGUACUCCCUUUUCUGCCGUGGGCUCAUGGAUACCAGCAAACGUUCAGAAAUCCGAGGAGUUAUGACCGGUGUGUCGCGUUUUCGAGGGACUGGUUUUCGGUUUGGUGGGGGGCACUGUCUUUUUUGAUUGCGUAUGGCGAAUCGAAACGCGAUACUUUCACUCUCAACAGCCGUGUCCCAGAGUGGCACGCCGAAUUGGAAUCAGAGGUAGAGAUGGCGUGGAUUGACGGUGUUUUUCGUUCCUCUUUGAGUGAUUUCUCCUACAACGCAAACCGAAUCGGGUGUAUCGUGGACAUCGUUAACCCGCCGGUUGACCAGCCAACUAUUUCGUGGUUGGUGAAUCAUGGAAUACCGGUGUGGUACCGAUGGGGACCUGUGGAAGUUGCCUCGGCAGACAGUUCCCUGGCCCCUCCUCCCGAAAUGCUCACAGGACCACCCGAACGACCACUCCCUGCCGAAGAGAAGCCCCCGACAACGUCUUCCCUCGGUGCAAGACACCACGAAGGUGCAAAGCCCGAGCCGGCCUGGGUGGAACACUUCAAACGCCACGAACGCUUACAUGCGCGGAUGAUGGAAAAAGAAACGGCAACAGAGCGUCAGUCCCGUGAAGAUAGGGCAGCCAACCCGCCGGUUGCUAACGUACGGGUGUACGAGUGGUAUCCUUCUGAGAGAGAUCCAGACGUAUUCGAGCGAGUCGCAGCUGGAGUAAAGAACUCGAGAGACACCCUGGCCCUUUACAGCUCCCGUCAGAAAAUAUUCGAUGCGUUUUGCAGAGAAUGGGACUGUUGCGAAUAUUUUGGCGAGGGUGACGAAGAGAUUGACCUGGAAGAGUGGGGUCCGGAGGACUUGGACCUCCCAUUACCUGAAUCGCUGAGGAGAAAGAUUACCCAAGCCUACAGUGCAAAUGUUGACGACGAGGACGAAGAGGAAGUGGGUGCGGUGGUGGAGGAGUCACCUCCUUCAGCUUCGAUGGCGGUGGCACAGGCGGGAGGAAGUCGGUCAAUAUCUGUCUUUGAGCCACUCAAUCUAGCAGAGGAACCAUCGGCCAUUAACACGACGCUUGUUGAAGACGAGGAGGGCAUGUUCCGGGUAUCGACAAGUUGGUUGGCAGCUUGUUUGGAAGACGAGGUCAAUAAAACGUUGGGGCUUCACUAUGGAUUCGUCCCUCCACUGCCCUCAGUCUCUAUCGCUGCUGACGACGGGCCCAGGGCACGGAGGGACUUCUAUCGCCUGCUUGGUCUCUGUGACGACGAAGAACAGCCCGAAGAGUACUUCGCGUCCAUCCACUAUCGAUCAGCUCUUCAAUUCAUAAACUCCCAUUCGAAGCGGAAGUCUCCUCACCCAGGAUGUUGGGACCUCAAGGACGAUGUCGUACAUCCUCUGAAGCACCGGUCUCGCCUUUGUAGUCUCCGCAUUGUCUCGAUACCGCAGUAUGGAAACGUAGACGUUGUUGACAAGGGCCUGUCCGACUGCGUCCCUCGUUACUAUUAUUUCGACCCCCCAGAGACAAGCAAGGUUUGGAAGCUGGCCGUCCUCAGUGGAGCGGAUGCACUGUUUGUGUGUCGUCUGGCUGAGGACUUCAAUGAAGACGACAUCGUCUUUGCCCUCGCGCAAAAAGGGAUACCCUUCCGACUUUUCUUCCCUCGUCACCACAUCCCCGCCCCUCUUUACCGCACGCCUCCCUACAAUCCCCUCCCAGUCAGAUCAUUGCGUCAUAAGUUCACAAAAGCCGACUACGAAAGCUACAUCAAUACUAGAACUCUGGUCCUGGCUCAGCCCCAUAUGAGUGCCGCACUGCGUCGUGGGGGGAUUAUCUGGCGCCUGGCUGUCGCAACACUUGGUUUGGGUGACGUGCAGAAACCACCUGUGGGGUGCGGGGCUACCGUCUCUAUACAACUUCAAAACGGCAACAGGGAAUACGUGGACGACAGCUUGACGGCAAGAGAGCUCGAUUUGAUAUGCGGGGCGUAUCUUUGCAUCGACGAGAGAACGGGGGUGACCGCUAUGAAGUCUUGGUGGCCGCUUUCGCGGGCAUACGAACGCGCAGAUUGCGGAGACAACUACGGUCGUUGGUGCAGCCGGAGGGAGGAUUGGUAUUUGCGACGACUACGGGACAUAGAGAAUGGCGUGGAGAGCUCGGACCAGCCUCUUGCAUUCCAGCAGUGGAAGUCAGCCUUGCGAGGCAUUACGCCUAUACGCAAUUUCCACCUGAGUAUACAAACGUCGUCCAAUGCUUUCAUUGAAGAUCAUAUCCAGUCUCAUAGUCGUUAG